AUGUCGAACUUCGAGCCAAAUGCGGUGAUCCGCGGCUUCCAGCUCACAGUGGUAGGAACUGUUCGUGCAUUAUCGAACCCUGAACUAUUCAAGUACGAUCAUUUCCGCCAAGCAGCUCUCGCGAUAGGCAUCGGCAUCGUGAUCCAAUUGAUCAUUCAAAUUCCAAUUCUUAGCGUGAAAUUCUCCAUCUACAUCUUAUCAUGGGUGAUCAACCUUGAGGAAGCUGUCUGGGACGACAAACUUCUCAAUGGCUUGGAAUUUAUGUCCAAAUCUGUUCUCCAGGUGCCAUUCUUGCUCAUGACCCUGAUGCGAUAUGUGACGCCCACGCUGGAUGAAAUCUUCAUGCAGUCCAUCCAAUGGGUGGACAUGACAUACAUCCAGAAACAUAAAUCAGAAGAUCCUCAUCACCUGCGCUCUCUAUACUACCCCAAUCUUGUUCAGUACUCCGCCAAAGGCGGCUCCAGCGUUUCUCGGCCACUUCCCGAAGCACUGAAGUCAUUCUUCAAUCGCUAUGCAAAGAAGAUUGGCAUGAUGCUUGGUAUCUAUCUUCUCUCGAUGGUUGUGGUCAUCGGUCGGUUCGUUAUGCCCGCAGUGAGUUUCUACACAUUCCGAAACCAUGUCGGGUCCACCCCCGCAGCUGCCAUUUUUGGCGUAGGCUUGAUUCUGCCGAAGCAUUACAUUGUCACAUUUCUCCACACCUACUUUGCUUCGCGCAGUCUAAUGCGUGAACUUCUUGAACCCUACUUUUGGCGCAUUAAGUUCACUCCCGAGCAAAAGCGUCGGUGGUUCCGUGACCGAGAAGGUGUUCUCUUCGGGUUUGCCUUCGCUUUCACGGUUCUUCUGCGCAUCCCAUACAUCGGUGUGCUCAUGUAUGGCAUUGCUGAGGCAUCUACGGCGUACCUUGUCACCAAGAUCACCGACCCGCCUCCGCCUCCUGCUGAAAGUGCGAACUUUGCGGAAAGCCAGGUGACCUGGAAGAAUAAACAUGAUUUCUUGCGCUUGUCUCUCGACAAUCUUGACAAGCUCAAUGUCGAUACGGAUGAGCACGAUGGCAAGGACGCUGGCUCCGGAAAGAAGUUUUCCUGA